CUUAUCUGACGGGUCCUGUUAGCUAGCUGUUUGACUUUCAACAGCUGAUGAGGGACUAACAGAUUUCCAGCCCACUUUAAUGGCUUUUUAGAGACACUGGACUUUGUGUAUUCAAUCAGCAAAAGCAUGAAUUUCAUCAGAUCCCGCCUUUCCAUCGGCAGCCUCCUCGGUCAGAGGAGACAUGUCAUUCAGACAUGGAGCCACAGAGGGAUGUGCAAUAAAAUGCAGGAGACCAAAGUGGAGUCCUCACCUGCAGCACCAGCACAUGAGCCGCGUCCUGCAUUCAGAGUCCCAGGCUACAGGCCCUCAGAUAUGGACAAGAAGAUGCUGAUCUGGUCAGGGCGCUUCAAGUCAGCAGACCAGAUACCAGAGACUGUGUCGUUUGAGAUGAUUGACGCUGCCAGAAACAAAAUCAGAGUAAAGGCUGCCUACGUGAUGAUGGCUGCCACGAUAGGAGCCUGUAUGAUUAUGGUGUUUCUGGGCAAAAGGGCUCUUGCCAGGCAUGAGACCCUGACGGCACUAAACAUCGAGAAGAAAGCCAGAUGGAGGGAAGAACACCAGAAACAAAGUGAAAGUGUCAUUGCCCUGUCUGACAAGGCUCAGUGAUGGAAGAUGACUCGUUCAGACACGCUCAUGAUUUAUUCUCAAACUCAAGUCAAUAGCGUCCCACUUUCUGUGUAUACCACAACUUCUCCAGUCCCACCCUUUUGGAGGUGUAGUGCAACCAAAAAAAAAAUAUCAGCAGUAAAUUCUGAGUAGUGCUUUUGCAACUAGGAAACUGGCCUUAACAAUGGUUUGGAAUAAUUUAGUACCUAAUGCAAAAUGUAUCUACUUAGUGAAUGUAUAUAAAUAACAGGGUUAUAAAGUGGCACUUGAUUAAUGGCACAAACCAUUAUUUUGGUAGUGGCAUUUCGUUGUCUCAGACCAGUGGAGGGUUUAUUGCAGGAAUGUGCAAUCAUGCCUUGUGAAAACAUUGUCUUUCCCCUUUUUUGUGGAACAUUAAGUAGCUGAUUGGAUGUGACUUGUUCACCUGUGCAGUGGGCUGUCUGUCCUGAUACCCCUCUAACUGGGCUUCUUAUUUCAUGGCCACAAUGAUGUGCCAUCUGUGUUUGUAUGUGGUGAGCACCAAAACUAGUUCAAUAAAGCAGUGCUUCUAUAAAAAUGUGCAGUGUCAUUUAAUGACCCCUGGUUUGGGCACAUGUGGGCACCUUCCAAGGCUAUUGGAAGGCUUAUUUCAGGAAAUAUUCACCAUUUGUGACCAAUACCGCUUUUAAUUUUUUUUUUUUUUUUUUUUUUUUUUGCGGCUAUCUUUACUAAAGUUUGGGAGGAUAAUUUGGAUACUAUGGUAUAUUAUUUUCCCUGCAAUAUCGUCACAAACUAUACUGCACAAAAAACUUAAAGGACCACUUUUUAAUCAGCGUAUCGCUUGGUGAGAAAGACUGGAUUGAUCUCCCCUGGCUUACCUCUCAUUAUAUCGGAUGGGUGGUAAAAGGUCUUAUGUAUCAUCAUGGGUGAAAUGAUACAGAGUCCUAUAAUAUAGUUUAGCUGUAUGUGCUUUCGCCAAUAGUAAAUCUUUGAUUAACAAUAAAAGUUGGAGCAAUGAAA